UUUUUGAGUGAUGUGCCUUCAAGACCUUCUGAGGCUUGGGGGGGGGGGGAGAGAAAUAGGGCGCUGCUCUUAACCGCUUUAUCUUCCCCUUCCACCCACUUUUACAAUAAUAUUACAAGACGAGCGCUCAUCAGGGGGCAAAUAAACACUCACACUGAGCCUCAUCAGCAAAUAAAUUAAAACUAACCCUGUCUUCAGAUCUUCCUUUCCUAUUUUAUAGUUUUAACGCUCUGCCUACGGUUUUAUUUCAAAAGAAAUAACGGAGCUGUUGAGUCACUUUUGCAAUGGGAAAUAAUUGUGUGUUUGUUGGGGGGUAACUUUUCAGUAUUUUUUACCUCUCUACUUGGGCUUUAUUUGUACCUGUUUGGCUUUGUUCUGAGUUAUGAUUGAGGCCUUUCACUCUUUAGGCUAGCAGCGUGUAGGCCAAUGGAUUUUAGGCCAUUUUAUUUUAUAAACUGUCACCUGCCGCUUCGAGGCGUCGAGAGCCGUCGGGCUUAAGGGGUGGGGGUGUGUAGAGAGGAGGGGAUUAAAAGAGACAUAAUACAAAACAUAAAAUGCGUAGAAACUAAACAGGCGACGGGCGGCGUCAACCUAACUUGAUGUCGGAGAAUUGAAAAACUCGGCGUGUCGGCGCUUGAUUGAUGGCUCUCGCGGCCAACGGUUUGCACGCAGCGAGGGAUUGACGUACGGGCGAGCGGAUUGACAGAUAGCUGAGCCACUUAGCGAUCGUUCCCGCGGUGAUUGACAUCCGGCACAGCCAGUUAGUGUCCUCUGCCGCACUGAUUGACAGCUGACAGCUCCAGACUGUGGGGGCGCCCCCACAGCUGGAAUGAUUGACAAAUUCGAGAGACAAUGGGAGCUGGAUCAUGGCUGACCCUCUCCCUCCCCCUUUCCCUCCCUGGGAGAGAAGUGAUUGAUUAGACAGAGCGGGUGAUUGACGGCGGUCUGAGUCAACCGGGGAGCAGUGUAUUACAUAACAGGACUUCGGACUGACCUUAAACCAAUCAAUCUGGUCAAGAGGCAGCAGGCUGGCCUGCUGAGAUGCUGCACCAAUCACUGUAAUCUCGAAGCUGGGUGUCUGGUCAUCAUGUUAGGUUGUCUUUUGUGUAUACAGAAGAUGGAUACAGUAUUCAAAGUGUCUACUUUGGAAAUGUGUUUUAUUUCUGGGAAUAUAUCCCUGCACUUGGGCAAGUAAGAUUAUGUGAAAUCCAAGUUGAAUUUAAGGUGGAAUAGUGUUAAAGUGAAUAUAGCAUUGCUGGAAGAAACUUUACAUACAAUCACUAAAAUAAGUGGACGGUGGACUUUCGAUGGAGUUGUGCACAGCAAAUUACCAUCAGCCAAACGCCCAGGAAGUACCACAUUCUCAACAGAAUACUGAGAAAUAAAAAGAUGGUUGGAAAAUAUUUUUGGAAAGCAUGAAACAAUCUUGUGGACCCAGUGACCAGAUUGUGCAAUACAAGGGCUACAUUGCAAAGUUUCAAGCAAAAGUAACGAUCCACUGAGUAAUGAAGGAGUUGGAGUAACUGCAGUCCUUGAAGAAUGAGAAUCGUGGAAACAGACAAUGUUCCAGGACUAAUUUUCCCUGACAGAAGUCUGUAGUCCUUCAGGUGGAAAUUCAGAGAGACGGCUGCUUUAUCCACCUUCUCUGCUGAUUUACAGUCAAACAUCUUAGAUCCAUGAAUCAUUUCAGUAAUAUGCUCAAUUGCAAAAGAGGAGAUGGCCCAUGAAUUUCUUUCUUCACACAAGGAGAUUUUCAAGAUGGUGGCCACUUACAUCUGCAGUGGUAACAUCAAUGGGAAGGGAAUGACAGAGCGCAUUCACAGCAUCAACCUUCACAACUUCAGCAACUCUGUGCUUGAGACACUAAAUGAGCAGCGAAACCGGGGCCAUUUCUGCGAUGUGACCGUCAGAAUCCAUGGGAGCAUGCUCAGAGCUCAUCGCUGUGUGUUAGCUGCUGGUAGCCCCUUCUUCCAAGACAAACUUCUUCUGGGCUACAGUGACAUUGAGAUCCCAUCUGUAGUCUCAGUGCAGUCUGUUCAGAAGUUGAUCGAUUUCAUGUACAGUGGAGUCCUCCGAGUAUCCCAAAGCGAAGCCUUACAAAUCCUCACAGCAGCCAGCAUACUGCAGAUCAAAACAGUUAUCGAUGAAUGCACCCGUAUUGUCUCUCAAACAGUGGUGAGCAGUGGUUACUGUACAACAAGGGACUCGAACCAAGUAACACCACGAGGAACACCAGAAUCUGGUUCAUCAGGUCAGAGUAGUGAUACUGAAUCUGGCUAUGUACAAGCCCACUCCCAGCGUAAUGUUGAAAGAAUUUAUUCCUCCCUUUAUGCCUGCUCUGGAAUGCCAGUACAAAAUGGCACAGGAGAGAGAUCCCACUACAGUGCUCCAGUGAUUAGCCAUCACAGCACACAGCUAGUUAUGCAGAGAGAAGAGAAUCUAACUGAUCCAGCCUGGAUAACAAGAAUACAAGAACGAACGCAGCAAAUGGAGAGAUAUCUUUCCACUCCGGAAACUACACAUUGCCGCAAGCAGCCGCGACCAGUUCGCAUCCAAACUAUUGCGGGCAAUAUCCACAUCAAGCAAGAGGCGGAAGAUGAAUAUGAUUACGAUUACUAUGGGCAACAGAAAAGAAACACUUCAGAGCAAAAUGAAUCUGAAGAGUGCAAUGAAGAUACUGACCAAGCUGAAGGUACGGAGAGUGAGCCAAAAGGGGAAAGCUUUGACUCUGGUGUUAGCUCUUCCAAUGGGACUGAAACAGAUCCAAUUGACCAACACUUCAUUGCUGGCAUAAGCAGAGUGGGACAAUCAGAUGCAAGAUUAACUGAGCAGAAUGAACUUCCUGCUGAAGACAGCCAGCAGCCGAGCAGUGUGAAUCCUUCUUCCCCAGAUAAAGUUUAUGAAAAUGAAAUGGACAUCACAGGGCCUCAAAAUAGUGAUGGAAACAUUACAAAUGAAAAGGAAUUGCAACAAGCUGCAAUCAACUCUGUGAUUUCAGUGACACAAAGCACUCAGCCUCUGGCAACUACUCAGCUUUAUCUGAGGCAAUCAGAUACCCUAGCCACCAAUUUGAGAAUGCCACUGACCUUAACCAGCACUACUCCAGUCAUUGGCACUGCUGGGAGUACGUACAUACCAACACUUUUUACCACUCAGAGCACUACCAGUGGCAAACUGUUUCAGUUCACCUUGCCACAACCACUGACAAGCCAACAAACACAAUUUAUAACAGUUCCUCAACCCAAUCUUACAAAUUUUACUACACAGUUGCACCCCCAACAAUCUCAGUCAACAAUGCAGGGUACAAGUGGACAAACUGAAAAGAAACCCUAUGAAUGCACUCUUUGUAAUAAAACCUUCACUGCAAAACAAAACUAUGUGAAGCACAUGUUUGUCCAUACAGGAGAGAAGCCACAUCAGUGCAGCAUUUGUUGGCGAUCUUUUUCACUGAAGGAUUAUCUGAUUAAACACAUGGUAACACACACUGGUGUGCGAGCUUAUCAGUGUAAUAUCUGCAACAAGCGAUUCACCCAAAAGAGCUCCCUCAAUGUUCACAUGCGACUUCAUCGUGGUGAAAAAUCCUAUGAGUGCUACGUCUGCAAAAAGAAGUUCUCCCACAAGACCCUACUGGAGAGGCACAUGGCACUCCAUGGCACUGGUUGCUCUGAGGUGACUACAUAUGUCUGCUCUGUCUGCCCAGCCAAGUUCGACCAAAUCGAACAGUUCAAUGACCAUAUGAGAAUGCACGUUUCUGAUGGUUAAGGAACUAUGCUAAGAACAAAUUUGGAAUUAAUUUAAACAAAAAGAAAAUUUUAAAACAAAAAGAGCUGGCACAUUAUUACCAGCAGCAAGAUGUUCAAGAAUUCUUCAGGAUGGUGGCCUUAAUGCCUGUUAUUGUGUGUGCUCCACUGGCUGGAUGACCACUACAGGCCUCAAGAUUUUUUCCUCACAUUCAGCUCUCGUUUAUUGCUAGCGUGUUGAACACUACAAAGGCCUACUAUCUCUACAGAUCUAAUCCAGUGUUGCAUUAUCUAAGGUGGAAAUUUUCUUUGAGAUCAUUACACAGCAUGAAGUCGAAUAAACUGUGGUAUGCAACAUCUUUUGAAGUACAAUACUUGGUAUGUAUUGACAUUUCUGUGUUAAGAUGGUCACAAAAUUUGCCUUUAACAGAGAUGACUUUGUAUGUAUAGUGGUUGUAAUGACACUGGCAGAUAUUUAUUAUUUACCUGCUGUGGACAGGUCACUUACACAGAGGGGUUUCAUUUUGAAUAUUAAAAGGUUUAAUAUAUAAUGCAGCAUCCAUGCAACUGCAGUUAGGUACAAAAAUUUAUUUCUCAAUUGUGCAAACAACUCAUUGUUAUUGAAAUAUGAGGAAAAGCGCAGUGAGUUUUUUUUUCUAAUUGCAGAUGGUUUUGAAAAAGUUUACUACAUGGAUGUGCAUUUUUUUUUUACAACAGUAUUUGAGCAGAGGUGAGGCUUUUUGGAACUUUUGCGUACACUGCCACUAAUAUUCAGAAGACUGUUAAGGUUGUAAGAUCUCUUCCAGACAUCAGAUGAGCUGAAUUGAAGGAACUUUUUUUUCCCCCACAAUGUGUGGUCGAUAUCAUUCAAAAUUAGCAUAUAAUCAACGUGGUCUGUUUGACAUGCUGUCUUUUUGAUUGCUGCUCCUUUUUUGUCUUUUAUUUUAUCUUCAGAUUGUCAAUGAUGAGUAAUCCAAUCAAUAUUACAAUAUUUUGAUUAAUUUUUUUUGUUGCCAUAGACAUAAUUAGAGUUUCAUGAUGCAUCUAUUGCAGUGCUCCAAAUCAGACAGUCAGUCAUUAUAAUGAAUAUGAAGUUGAGAACAGCUUCAGUUGUGCACUAUGAAUAAGUUUUGAGAGCCGAGGGUCUUGAUCAGUGCAAUUACAUUUUUCCUCAGAUGUUUUGUUCAAAUCGCUUGCCCUUGCUUAUUCUUUCUUUAAAGAUUGAACAACUAUAGAGGAAUGGUGCAGUUCAAGGGUUUUGUGUUUUUCUUCUUAUGUAUCUGUACAAAAGAGAUGCAAAUACUUGAAAUUUUCAUAUGCGCACAAUUUUAGCUGAAAAUAUACAAUAUUUUGCAUAUGUUAGCUUUAAAUCAUUACCAUAAGAAUAACAUUUUAUAGAACCCAAAAACUAAAAUGAAUGCAUCACAAAGUGCUUUUAAGCUAGUUUUAUCCUUUUUAAAUUCUGCAGUUGACCAGGCCUGGAACAUAUCACUUUUAGUGAUACAAGGUUUUGCUUUUUUUGGGAUGUAUUAGGAUCAAAUGCUAAAAAGCAACUUACAUAUGCACCUAUCUGACUACAAAUUUAUUUAUAGGCAAGCAUUAUUUUUGUAAACUUUUACAUUGCACAUUUUCUAUUAACCAUUCUGUUAUUUUGCUGGCAAUAUGUUAAUCUGGCCUGUACUGCAUCAGUGUUACUUGCAGGUUGUUGCAUGUAAUUACACUACUUCUGUGUCUACACAGUGAAAUAUACUUCCUGUUAUAUUCGCUUGUAUAAUAACCCAUGCACACAGAAAUAUCAUUCCACUUGCUGAGUGGUCCAGUGUUACAUAUUACAUUUGAUAUCUGUAAUACAGCCUGUUUAGCAAAUCCUAAUCCUGUUUAACAAAUCCUAAUCCUGUUUACUCGCAGAUUAUUACAAUUUCAUAUACUGAUGCACACAACUUUUUCUAGUUGUCCACAUACAACACUUGCUACAUUUAUACAUUUUUCUGAUUAGUUGAUGAAUAUCCACAGUCCUUCAUUUAAUUUUGUUUCCCAUAAUGCAUUUUGCUAAUCUUACAUCUUAAUUUUCACAUUUUACUUUCUUUGCCCUUCAUUGGUUUGAUUUCCCAACCAUAGGAAUUACUUUCUCACACUCUCUGUAAAUGAGAGAGAGGGAGAGUCUACAAUUUAUUUAUCUCUUUUUAAAAUCCUUGUUUGAUUUCGUUGAUUCUGAAUAAUUUUUGUCCAUGAGUGUGGACAAUCUUAGAAAGUAACCUCGCUUGUGGUGGCACAGAAUUAUUAAAUCUGUCUCUGCAGAUGAGCUGAAUUAAAUAAUAGGACUGUAAUUAAAUAAUGAAUAGUGCAUCCAAGGUUAAUGAUUCUCUUUCCUAAUGUCAGUUUAGUUCCCUGUCAUUAUAGGGUUGUCUAUUCCUCCCAAAUCAGUUCCACCAAUUACACUAUCAACACUUCAGCUAAAACGGGCUGUUAAUUUUUUUUAAUCGUAUAGGAAAUAAACUAAUAGUGAUGACUGCACUUCCUUUUUAAUGUCUUUGUUUGGCACUUGCCCACAUAAAAAAUAGUGUACACUUUUGUUUGUUUUUCUGUGAUUGGCACUUUUUUAGCUGCUUCACAUCUAAAUGUUUUAACAAUAUAAUACAGACAAUUUUUCAUUACAUAUAAUGGAUGUUUCAUUUGAUUAUAGAUAGAUGAACGCAGCUUGUGAUUAUGAAUAUUUUAGUAAUUGUUUGGUUGCUGUAGUACACUGAUAUAUGCUGUUCUCUUUUAAAAUUAGUGCUGACAUCAAGCUUAAAUUGUUCUGAAAAAAUAGAAAACAGAUUGGUCAACAUAUAUUUUGAAAAUCUUUCUGUUAAUGUAAUAAUUCAGUUUUUUGACUGACUGACUGAUUAAGCUGUACAAAAAAUAUGGCAACAAUCUUAGUUAACCUUUUGUAGACCAAUAGGUCUUUUAAGAAGUCCUGUUGGCAUAACAUUAUGGAGUACAGAUUUAGAUCUUGAGAUUUUAAGGUGCAAAUAUGAAAGGAAGGGUGGUUGGCUUUACGCUAGGCAUUAGCCACAAUAAGUGGAAGCCUCUCAAAUGAUAUAAGGCUAUUUUACUGGAAUAGUGUCCUGUGGAAGGAAUAUUUAACCAAGCUUAACUUUGCAAUGCAGUAUUUGUUUAUACAAUAGUACACAUUUACAUUUUAUUACAGAAUAGAUCUGCCUUGCAAUAUUAAAUGCAAUCACUUUGAGUCACUUGCUUAUCACCAGCCCGCUGCAUUCACAGUGUCUCUUGGUUUCCAUAGUAUUUGUCCUUUUUAAUUGGUGAGCCCAUCAGUCAGACAUAGGAAUGUGUACUAACAAGACAGUAUUAGAUUAUUGAAGUUCAAUAGUUCAGAAAUUGUGAAAUGUAGAAUUUGGUCUUCUGUAUGCACAACCCACUGUGUACUUAUGGCACACUUGAAAAUACCUUCUUGGGUAUUUCACUUUAUAUUUUGGAGGCUUAAAAUUGUGAACCUUGGCAACAAUACAAGUCAAAAAAUCAACAUGUAUUUUAAUAACUGUAACCAAUUAGUCAUCCUUAUUGUUGAUAUGGUUUGUUGCAUGAUUUAUUGACAUAUUUUGUAUCAUCACUCAAUUUUAUUUAUCUCCCUUGUUUUGGGUGGGACAUAUAGCUUUGCAUUGUUUACUCUGGAAACUAACCUGAACAUUUGUGGAAUCAUGUGGUUUAGAAUUUUUUUAACUACUUUAUCGCAUUUAAAAAAACUACUGGACAAUUAUUAGUUUGUUGGAACAACCUAUUGAGGAUCUGUCAUGAGCAAUGUGGAUUAGUGCCUUUAAAUAAUACAUCAGAACAUGAUUUUUAGCCUGUAUUAAAUGUGAACAAUCCUGCAACCUCCCACUUUAUGCAGGAAAAUGUUAGGCUUUUUUUUUUAAGGUGUUGGUAGAUCUAGAUGUCUUUAAAGGAGACAAGUAGUCUUGUGGGGUAGUAUUAUAACUUGCUCAGUUGUUCGGUGAUAUUGUUCAAGUUUGCAUCUAAAGAUUCUCACACCCAGUGAUAUUUUUGGAUUAUCUAUUAAAAUAUUUGAGGGAAUAUCAAACAAAACUAGAACAAACAUCCUUUAAAGAAGGGGAGAGAACUAAAAGCUAAUAAUAAUGCCCUGAACAUAUAGAUUAAUAUUCAACUUAAAGUUACUUAAACUGGAAGACAUAGUACCUUUUGAACAUAUUGAUUUGUGUAAUAGAGAUAGCUCAACAGUUGCAAUUUUAAUUGUGCACACUUUGUUGUAUAAUUACAAACCAGAGAGCAAUUUAUAAUAAACAUUGUAUACUUUAAACGCUGGUGAAUUCAUAAUAAUAUUUCAGCACCAAAAUUAUAGGCAAUUAGAACCACACUGCCAAUAGUAAGCUUCCAAUAGGUUAGUAUUUUACAAAUAAACUCCCAUUGCUAGUUAUGAACUUUGAUUGUUUCAUGCAAUGUAAAAUUAUCGUUUAUUAAUGUAGUAUAAGCAACUUAUAAAUUGGCCAUUUCUUAUUUUUGAAUAUUAUACUGAUGUUCCAGCAAACAUUUAUGUAACGUAUUCGCUCUCUUUCCAUAAAAAUAGGAAUACCAAACUGUUAUAAACUGUGUAUCAAGUAGAAUGUAGCACAGUGCUUCUUAACAGACUUUUUGUUUAAAUUGGGGUUUCCCUAAUGAAUAAUCAAAAUCUCUUUUUAACUGAUUACCUUUCUGACUGGUAACGAACCACCUAUAUCGGCGCACUCAUGGUGAAUCAGCCAUUUGACUCUGCUUGUCAUAAGGUUUGAUCAGUUGGUAGCAUUGUUCAGGGCUCAUGGAUCACUAGUUGGAAAGUUAAUAGCCUUUAGAGUCUGACUUUCUGACUGUUUAAAUUAAUGGACAGAAGACUAGGCACUAUGGUUCUGUAAUUUCCUAACAAAUGCUACCUAUGAGCAAUAGUUCACCCUAGAAAUGAGCAAUGCGGAUAAUCAGGACUCCUGCCCUUUGCUGUCCUCCAACAGUGACUAUAAUGAGUAGAAUUGGUAGUCCCUACCCUAGCUCAUUGCUGGGUCAACAACUUGGAGUAACCCCCCCUCCCCCAGCUGUAAAUUAGAUAUUCUGUUUAACACUGAAUUCCCAUUACAAGCGACUGACAAGAUUAACAAAUCAUUUGCAGAACUGACUGAACAACUGAUCAAUUAAUCAAGAUAUUGCAUAAAUUCUUUAUCACAGUGGUGGUAAUUUUUUAAUCAGUGGUAACUUAUAGUACAAUUCAAGCAGUUAAUUAAACUAAUAAAAUCACAAUACAAACAUCGCAACUCGAUGCAUUGAUGAUACUUUAUAUGUUUUCAUAAAAUCACAUUCAUAGAAUAGUCUCUAGAUUUUUAAAACUGUAAAGGCCUUUAUUCCUGUAAGGUAUUAUCUUAUACGAAACAUUUUUCAUUGGCAAAUUGUCAGAUGUUUCAAUACAGUACUGGCAACCUCACACAAAUGAAUAUGCUAUUAUAUCAUUACUUGAUUAAUAAGUUUAUUAGGAUGAGUAUGAGAAUUUAGUAAGCUAUUUCCAAAUGCUGUACUUGGCACUAGCUGAACUAUACACACUAUAUUUAGUCUUCUGUCAUCUGGAAAAGGCAGCAAGGCAGUAAUUAAAACAAAGUGAUUCAAAUCAGUUAUAGUUUGAGUCAGAAUAGUGAGCAGACUAUGAAGUGUGUAUGUAAUUCAUGGUUUUAAGAAAGUAUUAUUCGUUUCCAUCUCUAAAUGAUAAAAGAAUGAGCCUCUGAAAAGUGCCAGCUGUUUUGCAAUAGUUGUAAUAGUGAGUUUAGGGUAAUUCAUCAUGAAUGGAUCAAAUUGUGACACAUACAGAUAUCUGUUUCCCCUUGCAAAUGAGGUGCACUAUGCUCCAGUUCAGUAAUUCACAUGAUUGAGUAAAGUACUGUAUAUCAACUAGAAGAAUCUUAUUUUUUAAAAUUGUCUAAUUGUGACUUUUUUCACUAUUUAGAAAGUAGUAAACAACAAGUUUAAGCUGUUGCUGUUAGCACUUUGCUAUUCUAAUGUAGGCUGUGAUGAAAAUACAGGUGUAAGCUAUUGCUGCCUUGGAUAAUGCUUUAUUGCAUAUCUUUGAAAUGAUACAGUAUAUUUAAGCAACAAUUUAAAUUAUUUUACAGUAUUGUAGCAACUUCCCUUAUUCAAGAAGUACAUGACCUGAAAAAUAUGCAUGUACUAAUCAUGGACACUAAAGAUAGAGACAUUUAAACAAGUUAUUGAACACUGUUAACUUCUAUUUCUCAAGUUAAAAUUCAUAAUAAAAACUGAAGGUACUGGAAAAUUUCAAAAUCGCUGCCAGAAUUUGUGGAGAAAGAAGUAGUGUUAACGUUUUGAGUCUAAUACGAAUUCUUCAUAACUGACGCAAGAUGUGGCAAAGUGAUGGGUUUUAUACUACAGAAGACGGUAGGAAACAACAAAUGGAAGAGAAGGGAAAGUCAGUAGAAAGUUAGAGGAAGUUUAAAGAUCACAGGUUUCACAGAUUUCAGCAGAGCUGCUCUACAUUCUGCUAUUAACACCUUCAGUGGACGUAGUCGUCUUCUCCACAACUAUUGCCACUCCUUUAGCCUUUCAUUCUGUGACACCUGUGAUUUCUAAUCUCCUUUUGACUCUAACCCAUCUGACCUUCCCUUCUGUUUCACUUACUUUCUUCUACAAUGUAAAACCUAUUGCAUUUUGACCUCUCUCUUCAGAUCUGAACAGUCAUGUUGUACUCAAAGCAUUAAUUUUCUUUCUCACUCCACAGAUGGUGCCAGACUGAUUGAGUUUCUCCAGAACAUUAUUUUUAUUUCAGUUUCCCAGCAUUGGCAAUAUUUUAAGUUUGGUUUACUGGAAAUAAAAUGCAUAGCUAUUUUAUUCAGUUUUAAAAUUUAAGGUUUUAACAGUCUGACUGUUGGAAUAAAAUGGCACAUUUCUUAAUCCUUUGCAAAAUUUGUGUAUGAUCAUAUAGUAGUCAACUACUGUAUGUAAAUUAUGGUCACAUAGACUCAUUCCUGCCUUAAUUUGCAUUUAAUUUUAUCACUUAACACAAUUAAAGAUUUUAAUAUAGCCUAUUUCAGAUUUACACAGGAACAGAGAUAGAUGUGAGGGUAAAAAGUGGCCUGUACAGCAUUAAUUUUGUUUAAAGAACUAGUAGGACUGCCUCUUUCGAUGCUCAAUAGCAAGUGGGUUGUACACAGAAGAUUAAACAAAUUAAGGUGUGCAAUCAGUUUGUGCCGGUGGAAUAGUGCAUUGAUACUGCAUUUAAUCAACUAGCCACCUUUUUAUUCUUAACAUGUAAAUAGAAGAUAUGGGUCAAUAUAAAAACAACUUUGGUAAAGAUCCAGUACUUUGUAUUUUAAGGUUUUUUUUCAUUUAAUCUGUACACCUAUGUGGUUGUGCAUUCUUUCAACUUUGAAAUCAUGUUUCCGUUAUGAUUAUUUGCUUCAUUUAGAAUUUGUUAGUAUAAUUUUUGAGGGUACAGUUCUUUUUUUUAAUGGAGCAGGAAACAAAAGCUUUUUGUAGCCUUUUAACUAUCGUAUUUAAAGCUACAAUUUGAAUUGAAAUUUUAACUAUUUUUCUUUCAACAUAAUUAAAAUGUAGUGAACAAAUUUCAGAUUUGGAUUAGAAAGACUUGUACCAAGUAAAUUUACCAGUCUCUAUAUCUCAGUUUUAGCCCAGAACUACAGGUGAUCCUUUUAAAUAAAAUGUAACAUCUGGAACCUUAGAAGCUUGGAAAAAACACGAAGCACUACCAGGUUGUCAGUAGUGUUACAAAUUAUUUUUGUUUUAUAAAUUUCAUGUUGCAUUAAGGUUCAUUUCGUACAGAAACAAAUUAAACCUUGUCAGCAUCGGCAGUAGUACACUCCUGUUGUAUUCCACAAUUCUAAACUUUGAUUUGCAAAAUUCAUAAUGAUCCUACUCUCUGGAUGCCAAUGUAAGAUUUUAAAAGUGUCCAAGUGGUAAUAGAUUAUUUUGUUGCUGUCUUGUAAAGUCAGCACAACCCUAGUGUGCAAGUUAAUGGUGGUGUUAUGCACUGAGAUAACUGCACUGCAUGUAAGGUUUCCACUACUGACCAGAAUUCACACUUAAACAUUUGCACACACAAGGGCUAUUUUUUUUUCUGAUGAGGGAUGGGAGGGGGUUAUCGAAUUUGAAUAGAACCAAACCAGUGUUAGUGUCACAUCGAGUCAAUGCUCAAAAGUAGUCACCUAAACUAAAAUUGAACCCACAGGUGGGAAGACUAGUACAGGAUACUAGCUGGUAACACAUUAUUUGAUAUGACACUAAUUCAGCACUUUGCUUUCCCUGUAAAUGAACACUAACCCAAAAAUUUAAUCGGUUAGCAUUUGUGACAAAUCUACUGAAUUUAUUAUGCCUUGACAUCUGCAUUUUUGGGUUUAUUGUUUCUGGAAAUUACUUGGAUUCAAAAAAUAGAAUUUAUGGGGAAAAAUAACAAAAUAUCUAGUUCUACCUAAAUGCAGCUAUUGUAUCCAGACUUUUCAAAAUCCGUUUUCCUUUUCAUUUUUUUUUCAUAAGGCUUUGGUACCAUGCACUUUUUACUUCGGGACAGAGUUUGAAAGUCUUCUGUGUAUAGGCUGCUAGAAAGGUACAUGGUUAUCCACAUGUUCUAUGUGAAACCUUUCAUUGGAUUUUACUUUAGAUAAAUUGAGUCAGAGAAUCAGGAAUUUGUGAACAAAGCAGGCUAAAACAUAAAUGUCUAUAAUGAUUGAACCUUAAGAUGACUAAAAGCUUCCUAGCCAUUAGCCUAUCUCUGUGAUUAAAUUUGGAACUUGUGACCCAGGACCAAGUCACCUUCAGCUUACAGCAUUUAUUGCAUUAUUGGUGCACAGUUCUCAUUCAGUUGGCAGGGAAGAGCUAAUGGAGAAAUCACAUGCAUUGGAAUAAAUUAGCUCAGUAACUCAGUCUGUGUCUUACAUUGAGGAAUUGAUUGGUUUAAAUGUGCAGGCAUCUUGUUUCUGCAGUAUCUUACCUGCUUCAAAUUUUAUCUGAUCCUCUAUAAGACUAUGGGGGUGUUGCAAUGGGCAACAUCAAUUUUUGUAACAAUUAAUUCUGGCUUUAUUAAUCUAUCACUUGAAUGGUUUUAUCUCCAUUUUCAAUACAAAAUAAAACAAUUAGCUAUUAGCGACUUAAAAAUGCAGAUGUCUAUUCCAGCCUUUGCCAAAAUCUGAUUUGUUUCAAAAGUAGAAUCUGAUUGCCUUAAGACACUUAAGCAACAGCCAACCAUUAUGUUGGAAAAUCAGACAGUAGCAUAGUUUUCCUUAGGUACAGUACAUCAGAUUCACACAGUUUACUGUUGUGCACCUUCUUUCUACUAUGUUAGCCCAACACUGUCAUUGAUAAUUAUUUUAUAUUUUAAUGUGACUACUGUAGACCAAAAAAAACUUAAAAUUUCAUUAUUUACCCAAUCUUAUUCCAUUUAAUUUAUUUUACAAUUCAUGUUGGGAAAAGCAUAAAGUAACUUUAAAAGAUGACCUGAGAGCAUCAUAAUUUUUUUUAAAAAGUGAAAACUUUUGAGACUGCAGUUGCAAAAAUAUGAAAGAAGAUAGGUUUGGUUGCUCACAGAUUAUUGUAGGUUAGUGGGUGAAACCAUUUCUUGACCUAUAUCUUACAUUCUCACUCUUUUCCUUGCAGCUACUGUUUCUUUUUUUUAUAAUCUGCUUUUUUUUAUUUUUGUAAGCAGUUUAUCUCCAUUUAAGAUGAAAGUUUAUCACAGAUUGUGUAUUUUUUUUGUUAUGGAAAGCACUGGACAAGUUUGACAUCGCCUUUAAUAAUAGGUGAUGUACAAUGAUUUUGAUUGCUUGCUGAAUGUUUUUUAUUCCUAAUUAUAAAACACUAGGAUGGUUUUGCAUCUUCCAUAUUUUAUGCAAAAACAUGUAUGUGCCCUAUACUUAAAAGAAGCUCUAGGUGGCAUUUUCUAUGUUUUGUGGAGAAUAAUCCUUUUGAAUGGUAGGAAAAUAUUUUUUGUUGUGUACUAUUUUAUAUUUUUAAAAUGAUACAUUUAUUGGUAUAAGACUGUUUUGGUGAAGGAAUUAAAUGAAAACAAAGUCUGCCCUUAAGAAUGCUGCAGUAACCUGUUUUGAAACUAAUUAUUGAUGUGUGUUAAUUGGUUUUUGUCUGUUUAUUGUUACAACAGUUUGUAUUUACUGCUGUUCCUCUGAUGAUUCAUUAGGGGUUUUUAAGGGCGUUUUUUGAUUUGUCAAACACACUGGAUUGUGAGUCUUUUGUAAUGUGUAGGACUAUUUUUGUGAUACAAAAAGCAGCACUGUAUUAAACUGUUCCUUUUGACUGCCAGCGCCCUUGGAUAUAAAAUAAUGGAUUAAAACUGGGCAGAGUAUUGAAAGGGACAAACUGGAGAUAUUUAAUGCAUCCCAAUAUAGGAAGACUAAUGCUGUUUGUUAGUGGCAUAUCUUCUAUUUUAAGUUUUUACUUGUUUCACCUGAGCACUGACAUCAAGAUUUUGGUUGGUUUUCCUUUUUGGAUCAGAAAGAUUCAUAUAACCUAUGAAAUGCAUCCUUUAAAAAAUAUCACCAAUCCUGCAUGCCAUUGCAUGUUAUACAGAUUUAUACAAAGUCAAAUCAUAUGAUGAAAUUCAGAUAGUAAUGACAUAAAAAGUCCAAAAGUGAUACCCAUACUGAAUGGAAUAUGCCCUUUUUUGCCUGACCUUGAUUGUGUCAUAAAACUGGUGCCUAUAAUUCUCGUAAGAAUUCUGGUCCAAGAUAAUUGUUCUUCCCUGAGUAUUCAGUAUUGCACAUAUGCCUUUCUGCUUCUAUAACAUAUACAUUAAGUCUAUGUGCCUUCUGUUUUUAUUUCUAUUAUAUUGACAUUUGAAUGGUGAAAAAUCAGAAUGAGCUUUCAAACCAUUCCAAAUAAAGGUUUGUCUUGUUCUAGAGCCCAGCCUUCUUCCAACAAAAAGCAUUCAGACAGAAAAGUAUCAUUAUAAUAUGAGCACUGAAUUGUAGAUUUUUGUUGCAUCUGCAACUUUAUAAAAGAGUCUAUAUAAAUUUAGAUUCCACUGUGAUUUUAAUGUCCAAAGUUAUAGUUUAUACUCUUUCAUGUAUUGGAAGUAUGCUUUUUAAUGAAUAUAAAUAUUACCUUGUUUAAUGGAAUGAUAUAACACGCUGAACCUAUUUUUGUUGAUAAUUCUAUUGAAUGAAUUAAAGUGCAUUUUACUUCUGAAUUUCUAUGGUAGAACAUCCAUGUUGCCUUUGGUAUACACUUGCAGCUAUUCAGUUUGAAAACUCAACACCAGUAAAUACAGUGUAGUAAACAUACUGUAUUUGGGAAUUCUCUGGGCUAGUAGGUUACUAGAGUAGCAUUGGCAUCAAAUAAUGUAAUAUUCUUAGUUUGUCAGAAUGCCUGCUCUAUAUUCCUUAUCAUAUUGAUCUUCCUAAAAAAACACAAAAUGCCUGUAGAAGUCAAGUAGCACUAAAUUCUAUAGAUAUUGUGUUUAAUGCACUAGUCAAUGUAACUAUUUGUAGGUCAAAUGUACAAUCGUACAAAAAUUGCAAGUUUCACAUUCUUUGCUAAUGCUUCUAGUUUACUACUUGAGUAUGUUCCUAGUCAACUUGGCUAUAAUCAGUUAUUACCCAAAAAGAACAUAGUUUUGUUUUAAAUCAUAGCACCUUGGAUUGAACGAUCAUCAGUGUGUACCCUUCAAGCCAUCUUCUCAUUUAUUAAUAGGUGUUUAGAGAAAACAACAGAAAAUAGAGAGUCUGGCCUAAAAUGUAUGUUUUUGAUGAAGCUCAAAAGGUGAAUUGUGUACUGACAGAGCAUUUAGUAAAUGUGGUAACUUAUUCUAACAAUAUGGUACUUUACAAUAUUUCUAUAAUGUCUAUUCUAUCACAGACAAAUGUGCACCAAAUCAAUUCUCCUUUACAACUUAAGUAGAAAUAAUUCAAGAUGGAAAAUAUAUAUAGAAAUGUUUAUCACUUUUGAAAGGAAAAUUGAGAUCAUUUCCUUGAGAAGAAUAAACAUUCCUCCUACAUAUUCUGUACCUUGCACGUGGAUUCUUAAUCUAUCACUUUUAUGCCGAAUAAGAUAAUGGCUAACUUUGUGAAGUCUUUAUUGAUCUGUACAGCAUUAUCCUGUGAGCCCAGUGCAUUUGAUCAAAGAAGGUCCAUUUUCUCACGCUGUCUGCUACAUCUGUCAAGAACAGUCUUAAAUUUGAGGAAAACCUAUGAUUUAAUUCAAAGCUAUGUAAGACACUGUAGGUUUAAUCUGCCAAAGUCUCCUAGGAGGAUGCUUAUUAAAUAUUUCCAGUGUCAGUGCUGCUACAAUGUAUGAGAAAUGAGACUCUUAUGUCAGUACAAAUUUGCAGUGGUCUGUGCUGAAGGAGAUUAGUUAAACCAUGCAGUGGUCAUUUCAAUGUUCACUUGUCAUGGUUGAGCCAUCUUGGUACAACAGGUGAAAACUAGCGUUUUGGGUUUUUUUCAAACAGUUGAAUAAACUUGUCUUGGUGUAAGGGAUCACUUUUGAAAUGUUGGCUUGUUAUAUUUCCAAAAACUUAGAUUGUGAAGCACCUUAUGCUUGUUGACUAAUUUUGUAGAGGUCAACAGUUUACUGUUUCUGUUCUGCACCUUACCUGUGGUACGGAACACGUACCCUAUUUUCCCUUUUAUAGCAUCCUGCCUUUUUUGCCUUGUGUAUGAACCCUUUAUCUACUGUUAAGGGAUUUGUUAAUUCACAUUAAGGGUCAAAUGAGAAAUUUACAAAACUACCCUGGAUAUAGUGCUUGAAUUAGGUUUAAGGCUGUUUAUUCUUCCCUCUGAAUUGAAAUGUGUACAUUAACACAAGAAGGGGAGUUUAGCAAGCAACAAAGGAGAAAAGCCUCUAAUUGAAAACUAAAUUUUGCAAAGAGAGAUAGCACGAGGCUUUGAUUGCAAUUAAAUUCUAUUUUUGACUAUUCCUUAGUUUUAAUCGGGAAAUUUAAAAUUAUCCUUGGCGGUGAAAGUCUGGAUUUAAUGUUUGGAAUAAAAUACCAACUUCUCAAAGUAAUUGGAACAAAAACGUUCAAAACCAGUGAGCACUAAACUGUGGUGUUAAUACUUCUAAGGUAGCUUUUUGGCCUUUUCAGUUGACCCUCCAAACAACAGGCUAGCAUUUUUGAAGUGAUCUCCAACUUUUCCCCCAUUUACUAUAGUACAGUAUGUUGGUAUAAAUUCAAGUACAAUUUUCAAGUGCUUUAAAUCCUGCCAGAUUUAUUAAAGCAACCGUAUCCUAACUUGCCAUUUAUUAGACUGUAUUUCUCAUGUAUUACCUGUGACAUGUGUAUUGUUAACUAGCUGUAUGCUUCAUUAUGUUAUUGUGACAUUUGAAUACUGUGAAGUUUUAUCUGCAUACUUACUUUAUACUGAAGUAUUAAGCCUUAAAUUUGUUCGUGUGAAAGAAUAAUUGACAUUCUGGGGAUGAAGAUUUCUUUUUUUAAUGUUACCAGCACUUUUUUGUAAGUUUCACUUUCCAAGUUAUUGUAAAGUUCACGCUGUAGUGAAGUUUGAACAUGAAGGAAUAAAAACUCUAGUACUUUCCUGUA